AUGGCAUCCGAAACCAUCAAGAGCUCUCCGUCGAGCAGCGCGCCGAAGCACCGGGCCUGUGACGAGUGCCGAGCCCGAAAACUCGCCUGCUCCAAGGAGCCGGACGGGUGUGCCAGAUGCAAAAGAGAGGGCAUCCAGUGCCACUAUUCGCCCCAGAAGCCCAUGGGUCGCCCGCGGAAACGUCGACAUGUCGAGGAUUCAGAGUCGGAUGUCGUCGCUCAGCCGGCCAAGGCGCCCGUCGCCAACGGAGAUGCUCUCGUUACGCCGCCGCAAUUUACUGGCUUCGAUGCGCCAACGGGACUUUCGUUGAAUCCUAGUAUGGACUUUAUGGUUCCCCAAUCUGCGACGUCUGACUUGGCGUUUCUUGACUUAUUGCCGACCAACUACGGGGACGACGUCGACGACGGCUUGUAUGGCCUCAACCCAUACGCGCAAUCGCAAGCACCCGGCCAAGAUGCUCUGCCUCUCAACAGCUCGACGCUCCACAUGCAAUGCGCCACAGGAGACCUGUUUCAGGGGAUCAAUUUCGACGAGCCCGAUCCCACGGACACGGGAGUGUCCAAGGACAUCAGCGACUCGUUGCAGCGCUUCAUGGAGUCUCAGUGGCCGUCGCCCCCAGAAGAUACGCCCCAGUCAUGCCCGAGCGACAUGUCGAGUGUGGUAGAAUCACCCGAUCUUCCCCCCGACACACCGAUUCCACCCAUCAGGGCGAUGCCGAGCACCACUUGCGGCUGUUUGUCCUCACUGUACCUCGCGCUGGAGUCGCUUUCCCACUUGCCUCCCGACGUCACCACAGCCAUGCGCGUGGCCAGAGGCGCGUGCAAAGUAGCGCAGGAAGUUAUCGACUGCCGACAGUGCUCCAACGCCUUCUUCGACGACCCUCUGAAGCCGCCGCCGAUUCAGGCCUUUCAGAACCUAAUGUGUCUCGGCGCGCUCGUGCCGUCGGCCUGCAACGCCUACGCGUCGAUCCUGGAGAUGGUCGACAACGAGACUGCCCUGGCCAAGAAGGAGAGCCGGACCAUUUACUUUUCGUUCAAGGAAGUCGGAGGGCUCUGGGGAAAUGUCGUCAACGAGCAUAGCAGCUGCUCCGCCAUCCAAGGCCUCAACAAUAGCUUUCUGGCCCCAGACGUAUGGCGGACGACCAUCCGGGCGAUUUUGAAGCUGGACAUUUACGGCGUGGGCGGAUCUCAGGGCGGCCCGGCGCACGCGCCGAGACGACAAAAGGGCUUGAAGGACGUGCUAGCACAGCUAGACGAGACGUCAAGGAGGCGGCACGAGAUCAUGGACGAAAUCGUCGCGUCCGGGCAGGCGCCCACCAACGCCCGAUACAUCAUGAGCCACAUGACGCAACCGCCCUGCCCGCCAGAACAGAGGAACUGCGUGAGGAUCUUGGAGACGGCGAGGAUUGCCCUGGAGAGCCUUGCCAUUACGUGA